UCGUUUUGACCUGGAACCAGGGGCACGACUCCGGUACAAGCCAUAUCUUAUGAUUGACAUGAAGAAGGGGGGAUACCUGGAAUUAGAAGUGGUCCACGCCCAGACCCCGUGGUGCAGGGUGUGUCGUCAACAUUUCCAUUCGGAAAAGGACGACACCUGCCCUACGAAGAACGUACAGAAAACCCAUAAGGGCCCGGGUAAGGAUGGUUUGCCAAGCAACUCAAGAGGGGAAAAGGAGGGGAGGGUAAAAGAGAAGGAGAAGAUGCAGGAGGUGGAGAAGGAGAAGGUGAUGGACAAGGAAAAGGAAAAUCCUGCUAAUGAGAAAGAGGAUGGCGAUAUGGAGAAUCAGGAAAAGGUCGAUGGGAAUAUUGAGAGUUCGGCUGAGCUCCAGAAGGCGACGGGGCAAGGGGGAGAGAAAGGGGAUGAAGAUCCUCAAAAGGAUGACGUGGCAAUGAAGGAGGAAGAUGGGACUGAGGAAGGAAGAGCGGGUCGCAAGGAAGAGGGGGUCGCAAGGAAGAGGGGGUCGCAAGGAAGAGGGGGUGCGAGGAGGAAGAGGGGGUCGCAAGGAAGAGGAAGAGGCAAUGAGGAGGAACAGGGGAUAGCGAGGAGGAAGAGGGGGUCGCAAGUAGGAAGAGGAGGAGGAGGAGGGGGUGGCGAGGAGGAAGAGGAGGAGGAGGAGGGGUGGCAAGGAGGAAGAGGAGGAGGAGGAGGAGUGACUGGAGGUUCAAGAUAUCGAGCAAUUAACGCCCGUGCGUUCUAUUGUAAGGAGAUGAUAGUUGCACUUAGAACGGUUUACUACGGGGCGGACAAACGUGCCUUGCGACGUGCGAGCCAUGUCUGCAAAGCACCGGCUACGGAGCGGGAAGGCGCAAUGGCGAGAAGGUGUAAUGUCGGGAAAGUGCAAUGGCGGGAAGGUGCAAUGGCGGGAGGGUGCAAUGGUGGGAAGGUGCAAUGGUGGGAAGGUACGGGAAGGUGUAUUGGGGGAACAGGUAAUGGCGCGAAGGACGGGGGUGAUUGCGGCAAUCAAGAGGGCGCAACCGUGGGCUUGGUUGGCCUCUUUUAUCGGGCUAUACCCGAAGCCCUCCGAGGGCAUUUCUUCGCAAAGAGCGAAGACCCUGCCACUACAUACGAUUCCCUUAGUCGCGAAGUAGUGGCUUUUGAAGCCAAGUCUGCGUCUGUGUCCACUUUCUGGCACAAGGACUUGGACAAGGGUAAGCAAUGGAAGGGCUGCACUAUCUCAGGGCAAGUAAAGACCAAGGACAACCUUGUCCUAACCUUAGAGGAGGGUAGUGUGGAUGAGAUCCCCUACGACCAGAUUGAGUGGGGGUUAGAGGAGGUGGACAGCGAUGUGGGCCAAGGGAGAUCUUACGCURCUGUCGCGGCUGGAGGGAGGCCGCAAGGAGGAAGAGGCCAGGGCCAAGGGGGCCGGGCCUCAGGGAGUCGAUUUCAGGUCGAUCAGGGGGUUGGCGGCAGAGGAGGAAACCGCCAAGCGGGAGGCAGGGGUCAAGGUUCCCCACAAAACCGUCCAAGGAAUAGGUCUCCCUAUAGAAUAGGAGGAUGGCAACCAGGGCUACCUCAAGGCCGGUGUCUAGACAGCUGUCCAGAGACUGCUUGUGUGAGGGUCUCUUUAGACACCUCCCUCACAGGCGUGGCCGAAGAAUUGAAGGAGAGGAUGCCCGUCUGGGCCAAGAUGAAAAAAGAACAGAAAGGACAGCUAAUUCUGGUAGAUGUAGAGAUUUUUAGAGAUACAGUAGGGGCCCUAGUAGAUUCAGGGGCUACCCGCAACUAUAUUAGUAGGAAGGCGCUGCAGAAGUUGAAGCUGGGGCUUAAAGUCCAAAAGCUAGCAGAUCCCAUACUUAGUAUCCUCGCAGACAAUCAUACUAUGGUUGUAGAGGAGUAUGUAGAGGGAGUCCAGGCGUAUUUCCGCCUAGAGAAGGAUGGGAAAGUGGAGGUCCUCCACUCCCUGACUCUCCUCGUAGAAGACAACCUCCCAUUCGACAUUGUUCUGGGAAUGGAUUGGGGAGAGGCAACCGGGGCCACGCUCCAUUUGAAGGAGCACGAGUGUAGGCUCCCUAGUUCUUCAGGCGAGGCUAAGACUGCCCGCUUGUUCCAUGUGUCAGGCGUAGAGAAUUCCUUGGCACAUUGUUGCCUGAGCGCGCCCGCAUUCGCCAGAUUGGUGAAGAAGGAGAAAUUGGAGGAACAAAUCUUUGUCGUCUAUAUUAGGCUAGUGAUUGAGCCUAAGGAAGAGAAGCCCGUAGACCCUGCUAUUGCCAAAUUGCUGGAAGAGUUUAAGGAUUUAACUAAGCCGCCGACAGGCACGGUGCCGCGGCCCAUCCAGCACCGUAUUGAGAUAGAGCCUGGCAGUAAAACUCCUAAGGGUGCUGUAUAUAGGAUGUCCCCGCGGGAGUUAGAGGAGCUACGGAAGCAAUUGGAUGAGCUCCUCGAAAAGGGUUGGAUUAGGCCCAGUUCGUCUCCGUUUGGAGCCCCUGUUCUCUUUGUCCCUAAGAAAGAGGGAGAGUUGAGGAUGUGUAUAGACUAUAGGGGUCUGAAUGCUAUUACAGUAAAGAAUGCUGAGCCACUGCCUAGGAUAGACGAUCUCUUAGAUCGAGUGCAAGGGGCCAAGUACUUCUCUAAGAUAGACUUAAAGUCCGGAUACCAUCAGAUAGAGGUACAUCCUGAUGAUCAGUAUAAGACAGCCUUCCGGACUAGGUACGGGCACUAUGAGUUUAUAGUGAUGCCCUUUGGACUAACCAAUGCGCCAACUACGUUCCAGCGUUGUGUGAACGAUUUGUUUAGGCCAUGGUUAGAUAGAUUUGUUGUAGUGUACCUAGAUGACAUUCUAGUGUUUAGUAAAACCCUCGACGAGCAUCAGGGUCAUCUCAGGCAGGUCUUGGAGAAGCUGAGAGAAGCUAACUUCAAGAUCAAUGCGAAGAAGUGCGAUUGGGCGAAGAUCCAAGUUUUGAAGUUCGUGAGGAACUUCUCCACCAUCGCUGCGCCCCUUCGCAGAUUGCUAAGAAAAGAGACAAUCURGAAGUGGGACAAGGACUGCACGUCUGCCAUGAAGAAGCUAAAGCAGGCGUUAAUAGAAUACCCGGUCCUUAAGGUCGCCGAUCCGUCCUUGCCUUUUGUCGUUACUACGGAUGCUAGCCAGUACGGCAUAGGCGCAGUGUUACAGCAAGACGAUGGCAAUGACUAUAGACCCGUAGAGUUCAUGUCCGCUAGGAUGCCUUCAGAGAAGGUUGCGACAUCUACCUAUGAGAGGGAACUCCACGCUCUCAGGCAAGCAUUAGACCACUGGAAGCACUACUUGCUUGGGAGGCACUUCAAAGUCUAUUCUGACCAUGAAACAUUACGAUGGUUAAAGACGCAGGCCAAAAUGACACCUAAGCUUACUAGGUGGGCCGCAGAGAUAGAUCAGUACGACUUCGAGCUCAAGCCUGUCAAAGGAAAGUACAAUGUAGUCGCGGAUGCUCUGAGUAGGAGAGCAAAUUACUUUGGGGCAAUAGUACAUUACCUCGAUAUAGGAAAGGAUCUGCAGCAGAAGGUUAGAGAAGCCUACGCGCAGGACCCUAUCUAUGGUGAGCUCCUUAAGAAAGUCAAGGAGGCCCCAGAGACUGAGCCGAACUACCGCACUAUUGAAGGGUUGCUUUUUGAGAAGACUAAUGUUUUUGACCGAUUGUGCAUCCCCAAUAGCGAAGAGAUCCGCAGUCUGAUCCUGGGAGAAUGCCAUGACACGGAGGGUCAUUUGGUUGGCAAAAGACCUUAGCCAAUCUGAUGCGCGCGUAUACCUGGCCAGGGAUGAAGAAUGACUGCGUAGAGUAUGUUCGCAGUUGUAAGGUCUGCCAGCGUAACCAGUCUUCUACGCGUGCCCCGUUAGGUCUUCUCAGACCCUUGCCCAUUCCGGAUAAGCCGGGAGACUCAGUGUCAAUAAAUUUCAUGGACACUC